AUGGCAACCCCCUAUGUUGAUAAUGCGGUCAAGACGAUUGGAAUCAUUUCCGUUAUAUUAUUCUUGAAGUAUAUAUUCCGAACAGUUUACGUUGCAUUCUUUGGACCGUUGAGUAAGAUCCCUGGGCCAAAGCUUUCAGCGUUAAGCGCGAUCCCUCUUUUAUUCAAGGGCACUAAAGGCAAAAGAUGGCAUUGGUAUCAACGUGAAUUAAGACCUAAGUAUGGGAAAAUAGUCAGAAUAGGCCCGGACAUGGUUCUUGUCAGUGAUAGAGACAUUGUCAAACAGAUUAUAGUUAAAGAAGAUUGGCCAAAAGGUGAAUUCUACGGGAUGUAUAGAGCUGCACCUCAUUUACACACAUUGUUUUCGACCACCGACAAAGCAUUUCAUAAACAACGGCGUCGAUUGCUCGCACCAGCUUUCUCUAUCAAAUACAUUCAGUCUCUUGAACCGUAUAUGGCAAUGUGCAUUCGUAAUUUGAACGACAAGAUCGAUUCGCUGAUUCAGGAAAGUUCACCGAAUGGCGCGGUAAUAGACUUGUACAGAAUGAUUGUUAAUACAACUCUGGAUUCAAUUGGUGAAACUGCAUUUGGAAGUAGUUUUAAUAUGAUUAGAGAAGGAGACCAUCCGCUACCGAAAGAAGUUAUGGUGGAAUUGAGCAGGCGCGUCCUGAGAAAUGGAUUUCCAAUAUUAAAACCAUUCGUAAAGAGUAAUAGAUAUCUGUAUGACUUUUCAAGCGAACUCAUCAGACGACGUCGUCAAGAAGUUGGUGCUCGCCGCAAAGAUAUUCUUCAGAUUAUUCUUGAUGCUGGGGAAGGAGAAGGAGAAGAAGCAUUAACGGAUGUUGAUAUUUAUGAACAAAUUAUUGAAUUUAUUAUUGGUGGAAGUGACACGACAAGUUUUAGCACGUUCUUUGCUCUGAUAAUGCUGUUAACCCAUCCGAGUAAACUACACAAGAUUAUCGAGGAGUUGGACAACGAAUUUGUUGAUUUACCAAGGAAUGAACUACCGAAUCAUGGGAGGCUAAAGAAUUUGCCAUAUUUAAAUGCUGUCAUAAACGAGACGUUGAGAUUAUGGCCUAUUACUUUGGAUGGAGGUAGCGGGCGUUCACCAACAGAAGAUAGAAUUGUAAACGGUGUACUCUUUCCUAAGGGUACUUUAAUAGUCGCCAACUAUUACGCUCUUCAUCAUUCGGCUGAAUACUGGGGCGAAAAUGUUAAUGAAUUUAUCCCUGAACGUUGGUUUAAUGAUGACAUACCACAUGACGCAUUUUAUCCGUUUUCGGCCGGUUCGAGAAACUGCAUUGGACAGAACUUUGCCUUGUUAGAGAUGCGUCUUAUAAUCUCGUCACUUUUAAGGCGCUUCAAAUUUGAAGAUAUUCCGGGACAAGAUUACUCUGAUAUUGUGCAAUAUUUGACACCCUCUCUUGCCAAAGAUGAGUACCAUGUUCGCGCAUGGAACCGACCAUGA